AUGGCUGUGCCAACAACUACAGCAUCUGACUGUAAGCUCGGCCGAUUCUCUGCGAUGCUCGCUGGAAAGGUACCUGAUUUUGCAGCUGACGGCAGGCAGUCCGUGAGACCACCGUCAAUGCAUGAAGGCAUGAAAGAGCCUGAGAAAGUUGCCCUGCCAAGGUCUCAGGCAAAAAGACCUGCACCGCUGGUAAAGGAAAGCGUCCGGGCGAAACUCCUUGCAAUCGUGGUCGCUCCUCAUAUAACAACGUUGUCAGAGGUAGAGCAGCUGAACCAAUGCUUGGAGUCCAUAGUUGCCCAGUCAGUUCUCCCCACAGCGCUGUGGGUGUGUUGGCAUGCAGAGAGCUUCACUGUGAAGCUGGCUGUGUCCCACGCACUUGAUGAGCUGAUGCCCAGGUGCUGCCGGAAAGGCACGCCGCUGACACAGCUGCAGCUCGACGAAGCGGCAGGUCAAUGGAGAAACGUCGAAGCAGUCCUAAAGGUGCGGCAGCGUAUGGGUGGGGACGUGUGCGACAUGUGGGUUGUCCUCACGCAGCCAAACGAGCUUUGGCACCCACGACGUUGUGAGCAGAUUUGUCAAGAGGCAGCCAGAGCGCCGGCCGAAACUUCCAGCCUCCUCUUGACAGAGGGAUUCAAGCGCGAGCAUGACGUGGUGAGCAUUGCUCAGGUGGAAGAGCACUUCGCAUCGGGCAGCCUGGGACAUUUAUCAGAAAACGAUGUCAGAACCACUUGCUCGAGCAUAGUCGUGCGUGUGCCUAGCCUGGCAAAGUUUUUGGCAUCAAUUUCCUCAGACGUUCUGAGGCACGAGUUUUGCGAUCUUGCUUUUUGCAGUUAUGCGUGGAACGACCCUUGCGGGCAAGUCACAAAAUUAGACCUCCCUUGGUCCGUUUGCUUGUGCUGCCAUGAUCUGGCAGCGCGGCUCGCUGAGUUUGCACUUGGCAGUGUCGUGGAUGGAGACGGUUACGAUGCUUCCUUAGAAGAAAGAAAGAGUGCCCUCAUCAAGCGAAGAUCUGCCGGGGACUGGGCCUAUGCCAUCUCUGCUGCAGACUUCGUACGGUUCAUUGCUUGCUGCAGGUUGGGUGCAGAAGCUCUCUAUUUGAUUGGCAUGUUUUAUCCGGGCGAAGACCGGAUGCUGGCCGUGUUGAAGCUAGACCUGUGGCGAAGAGUUGCGCAGAAGUGGCAGCUGUGCCAGAAUGGAUGCAAUUGGAUUGAAGAGCAGACCGAUCACCACUGUCCGUGGAUCAACAACUGCGUGGGCUUCUACAACAGGAAGUUCUUCAUUCAGCUUCUUUCUUAUGUGUAUCUCAGUCUUAUCAUAGUGGUGCUCUUCACCAUCCCCGAGAUUUACACUCGAAGUAUGGAACUUACCCGGUCCCCAAACAGGUACGGCGAGUCCACUUACUUCUGUUUGGAGACGGUGUUCCUGACUCUUGCGUCUCCCUCUGGAGCGUUGGUGGAGUUGAAAUAUGCCACAGCAGACCUGCUAGAGCUACCUCCGAAAUGUCAUCGACUACUUUGUGGUGGAGAGAUCAUGAGCAGCAGUAAGCGAAUGAAGGACUACAGCCAAAGCCAAAGUGCCUUUGAGGUCACCGUGGUUAUUUCCCACGAGCUCAUUUACAAGCGCAUGUGGGAUCCGUGUGGCGAAGUGAGGCAAGCUGCCCUCAACACACUUGGAAGGGCUGCAGAGCCUGGUUCCAAGGCAGCAAUCGAGGCAGUAUGCCAAUGCCUUGAGAAUUGCAGCGGUGAGGUUCGGCGAGUGGCCAUCAAGACGUUGUCCUGCAUUGCCGAAGAUGGCAACCAGGAGGUCAUUAGUCUUCUCUGUGACAACGUGGCGUGCAGUGAUCUUUUCACAAAAGACCCAUGGCCUGCAAUUGGCACUCACUGGGACCUGACGUGGCACAGCGCAGAGCUCUCAACUCCAGGUCACAAAAACCUUGUCUCCAGCGUGCUCGACCUGGUGGAGAACAGGCAAGCAGCAUCCAGGCGGCUUGCAAUGGAAUCGUUGCCACAGGUCACAGCACCCGGUGACGCCAGAUCCAUUAAGGCAGCCUGCACCUCGCUGCGAGAUGAGGAUGCGAAAGUGAGGCAACUGGCCGCACAAGCCUUGGGACAACUGGCAACGAGAGGUGACAGCGAAGUGGUGGAGAUGCUGCUGGAGAGGAUGCAGGACCGAGACAAAAUGACUCGGCGCCAUGCGACAAUGGCGCUGGGCCAUGCCCUCGCAGUUCUUGAUGCGCUCUCCAGGAACUCCUCGGACAUAGCUCUGAGGCGGGUGGCCUCUACAGCGCGGGAGGCGAUUCUUUGCUGCCCUCUCAACAGCGAGUUUUGCAUGGCUACCCUCCUGAUUUGCACGCUCACAAACUUCAUAAAGUUUCACAUGAAGUUAGUCUUGGAAAACUACACGACCAUCGAGAAUUUGGAGCGUGAGGAGGGUGCAAAGAGCAAGUUCGACAUCGGCCGUCGCAGGAAUUGGGAGCAGGUCUUCGGGCAAAACCCUUGGAUGUGGUGGCUUCCACUGCACACGCAGGCUUCCCGGCCGAUCGGCGAUGGUGUCCGAUGGCGGGUGCACUAUACCAGAGUGAUCGAUGAGGACGAAGAGUUGCCCGCAGACGAGGAGGGCAUGUCACAAGCAAGCAGAUUACUAAACCAGGGCAAUGCCGGAUCCGCAAAUCGAUCUACCGGAAGGUAG